AUGCAAGCGAUGGUCUCUCCCAGGCAAAUUUCUAUAGCACUUGCAACAAUUAUCCCUCUGCUUGUGUCCUCUUUGAAAUGUUUGAUUGGAGAUGAAGGACACGUUAUUGGAAUAGAAGAAGUCCCACAUGCUGAACUUCAAAUGUGCGUGUAUGAGACAAAGAAACCGUGUGCUUUCGAAGAACCACCUUUUGAUGAAGAACGAGGAAAGCAAUGGGCUAAUUUUCGUUGGAUUACAUCAAAUCAUAUCAAUAUCACAAUACUUCGAAGAUAUUACAAACGGUGCUAUAACAAGAACCAUAGAGCAAUUUGCUAUUGCAGUACAAACUUAUGCAAUGCAAAUUGGAAACUCAUGAUGAGACGCUGGAACAACACUUACCACGAAAACCUGACAGAAUUUAACUGUGUGCUCGAACAUCUGAAAAAUAAGAAUUAUACACCAUGUGACCCUCCCCCGUUGACCGCAGAGGAAGAUGAGCUACCUUCAUCAUGGAUAACGACAAUUGCGAACAAGCAGCCAGUGCCGACGACAAGUACAACCAAGGUAACUACUAAAGCAUCACCAACGACUUCGGGAACAUCAACGACUUCAAAAAAAGUUGCUGAAAUUCAG